AUGGCCAGCAAUCCGACGCAGACCCUCCACCAGGCGAUCCAGGCCAAGUUUGGCCUGCCCAACGCCAGCGAAGCCACCCAAUUGAGCAGCACAGGCGGCACGCCCCCACAAACGACGCCCAGAUUCGUAAUUCCGCAGCUGAAAAUUCCGCAACUGCAACUGCAAGCGGCAUCGUCGGCGGAAUCCCGUCAAGCGGCGGAGGCCCACAACCAGCUGCUGCUCAACGAGAUCCAGCUGCGGCGACGCCAGCGAUCGGAGAGCGAGAACAAGGGGGGCUUCGGGAUUCCCCCGCUGGCAGCGGAGCCCCCGAAUAUCCCUAAUAUUCCGAAUAUUCCGCUUCUGGCGCGGCUGGAUCAGCUGCAGCUGCGGGACGAGGGCGGCGAUCCGCCGCUCAUCGAUCUCUCGUCCACCGUGAUAGCCGGCAGCAAGGAUGCGCCGCCCAAGGAGUCGGCCAGCAAGGCGCGUCAGCUAAUUAGCAGCCGGGAAACCUUCGACAUACCCUUCAUUGCCUGCGAUCGCGGAAAUUCCAGGAGGACCACUCCCACCGGUGGCCUCCUGGCCCACAGGCGGCGUUCGGAGGAGGAGCCGGAGGAGGCGCCCGCCCGCACCGACUAUCCGGAGCAGCCGGGACCCAUUGGCCAAAUGCUGGACGCUGUAGUGGGCUAUCCGGAGCCGAGGAAGCCACGGCUGGAGUACGCCGUCACCCGGCUGGAGCGGCAGCAUCUGAGGAUGUGCCGGCGGGAGGAGUACGGCAGCCAGGUGAAGAGAUUCCGCUUCGACACGCCCUCGCCCGAUGAGCUCGUCAAGCAGGCGCUGCAGAAGUCCUGGCGCGUUUCGCGCACUUGACUUCAGUUGCAGUUGCAGUCGCAUCCUUUAGUUGACAAUUACCGAAAAGUAAAAUCAAAACAAUAAAUCUACUAAGUUCAAAAGCA